GUGACGUCAUCUGAGCCUCUCUCUCACCUCCUUCCUGCUGCAUCAUCACAGCCGCUCGUAGCCCGGAGUCGCCCUCCUGUUAUUUGCAGUGACCAGGAGACGGAAUAAUCAGAGCCAAUUACCAUAAUAACAACCGUAACAUUCAUACCAACAUCAUCGCAGCAACAGAAACCCCAUUACGGCAGAAAUUACGCUCGGAAACCGCUGGGAGAUGGCCAGGCAAGAACAGGUCCUGCUUCUAGAGCCACAGCACGAACUGAAAUUCCGAGGUCCGUUUACAGAUGUCGUCACUACCACCCUGAAGCUUGCCAACCCAACCGACAGGAAUGUGUGUUUUAAAGUCAAGACGACCGCGCCGCGCCGGUACUGUGUUCGGCCAAACAGCGGCGUCAUCGAUGCAGGAACUUCAAUCAAUGUCUCCGUAAUGCUGCAGCCGUUCGACUACGACCCCAACGAGAAGAGCAAACACAAGUUCAUGGUGCAGUCCCUGCUGGCUCCGCCCGAGAUGACCGACAUGGAGGGAGUGUGGAAGGAAGCCAAGCCGGAGGACCUGAUGGACUCCAAGCUGAGGUGCGUCUUCGAGAUGCCGGCGGAGAACGAUAAAACGCACGACAUGGACUCCAACAAAGUCCUGUCCACCAGCCUCCUGAAGUCGGAGUCUUCCACGCUGUCCAUGAAGUCCAUGGGCUCCUCGCUGGAUGACAGUGAGGUAAAGAAGAUUAUGGAGGAGUGCAAGCGACUGCAGAUGGAGGUUCAGCGACUACGGGAAGAAAACAGACAGAUCAGGGAAGAAGAUGGCCUUCGGAUGAGGAAGACCACGGCCAUGUCCACCCAGCACUCCUCUUCCUCAUCCGCCACGGGGGCCACAGCGAGGGAGGAGGGGGCCAGCCCCCGCAUGCUCGCCCUCAUCCUGCUCUUCUUCAUCAUCGGAGUCAUCGUGGGGAAGCUGGUCUUGUAGAAAACGGAGUCGACCGCAUGCUUUGUGGCUGAAACGAAACGAAAACAAAAACAAAGCGAGAAAAAUAAAAAUAAAACCGAUCUGGAAAUUUUGAUCAGAAUGUCAUAUCACUGGGGUGGUUCUGCGAAGUUAACUGAUGUAAAAUAAAUUAGAAGAAAACAAUCCAUUAUUUAAUGAAAUUAUAAUGAAAAAGGGAAAAAAAGUCACGGGUCUUGCUUAUUAAUUACUACAUAGCCAUUUAGCCCCUUUCUUCCUGAGUUGCAGACAUGUGAGAGCACAAGGGGAGAGCCAGCGUGUAUUUAAUAAAAUGUAAUCAAUCGACGCAUCAAAACGUUUCAGAGGGCAUUUAAAGUGACUGAUCCUCACGUUCAGCCAGCAUCGCGUGAGUCUGGCUUUAACCGGUCCUUAUUUUCUAAGCGAGGCUUCCGGAAACCGCGCGGGGUCUCUGGGAAUCCACCGCCGCUCUACGAGGCGGUCGCGCGUUCACACUACUUUUCACGGCUGCUGUCCUUUAAGAAUAAAAAAAAAAA